AGACAAUGGGCUGCACGUACGACCGCACUGCCGACUUCUCCUUCACCUUGCACCUGAUCUGCGUCGGCAUCGUGAUCCCCGUGGUGGUCGUGGUCAUCUGCUACACCAGGAUAUACCUGUUCGUCCGGGCGUCCAACAAACGGAUGGCGAAACAUCGACAGGACAGCAACAUGGCCCAGGCCAACAAACUGAAGGUGGAUGACCUGACCCUCCUCCGGACACUGGUCAUCAUCGGAGUGGUCUUCUUCAUCUGCUGGAGCCAGUACGUCAUCGUUGUGCUGGCCGAUUUCGAGGACCAUUGGCCAAUGGGAGUUCACUUGACCGCCAUAAUCACCGCUCACUCCAGUUCCUCCACCAACUGCAUCAUCCUGGGCGUGACCAACCCGAAGUUCCGUGAGAAGUACCUGCUGGUACUGAAGCCCACAGGAAGCACCAGUACCGCCGCGCCCAGCUCUCCGGACCAGCUCCCCUUACCACGCUCACGAAACAGUAUCAGGAACACCCCUGACCACGUCAGCAUGGCCAUGGUGAAUCUUCAGGGUACACCCGCAACUGUUUGAUUCUCAUAUCAUCCAGAUCACGACCAAAUCUCCAGACCAGCUUCCCUUGCUACUCUCACGAAACAGUGUCAGAAACACCCCUGAAUAUGUCAGCAUGGUCAUGAAUUGAAGAAUCUUCAAGGUACAACGGUAAAUGUUUAAUUCUCAUAUCUCCAGAUCACGACCAAAUCUCCGGACCAGCUUCCCUUAAAUAAUAUGCUCACGAAACUGUCUCAGGAACACCCACUGAACAUGUCAGCAUGGUCAUGGUGAAUCUUCGGGGUACACCGGCAAAUGUUUAAUUCUCAUAUCUCCAGAUCACAACCAAAUCUCCGGACCAGCUUCCCUUACCACGCUCACGAAACAGCCUCAGGAACACCCCUGAACAUGUCAGCAUGGCCAUGGGAAAUGUUCAGGCUAC